UUUUCCCUCCAAGUCCAAGUGAAACCCUCGCAAAAUUGCAUAAAUGCCCAAAUUUCUGUCCCUGAAAAGGUGCAAAACCCUUAAACCCCUAUCCCUGCAAACAUUCAUAGUUAUUUUUUCUACUUGUAAAAUGAAGUUCAUCUUAAACCCAAAGUUUUCAGCUUUAUCUCCCAAUCUUCCAAAAACCUCACCUUUUGCUAUGUUUUCUCGGCCUUCCGAAUCUAUGAUCCGUUUCUGCAGCAACCCUGUUAGAAUUCCCAAUUAUCUUCGCCUUAAGCGAACACCCUUUUCAUCCAAUAACUUUAUUUGCUGUUGCACAACUCAAAAUCGAAGCUUGCAAACGGAGGCAUCUCGUUCUCCAUCGGGUGAGAUUCACGUCAUAGUGGGCCCCAUGUUCGCCGGAAAAACCACCUCACUCCUUCGUCGGAUUCAAUCGGAGACCACCAACGGAAGGUCAAGCCUUGCAAAAAUGACUGACUUGGAUAAAGUCUUGAGAGGUCUGUGUAUAUCUGGAAGGUUGGCUGAGGCAAUCGGGCUCUUGUGCCGCACAGGAUUGCCGGUGCACCCAAGAACCUAUUCCUUGAUGCUUCAGGAAUGUAUAUUCUGGAAACAGUAUAAGAGGGGCAGAAGAAUCCAUGCACACAUGAUUGUUGUUGGAUAUGUUCCCAAUGAAUAUUUGAAGACCAAAUUGUUAAUAUUAUAUGCAAAAUCUGGAUGUCUUGAAACUGCCCACUUCCUAUUUAAUAACUUGGUCGAGAAGGGCUUAAUUUCAUGGAAUGCAAUCAUUGCUGGCUAUGUUCAAAAGGGCCUUGAAGGAGUCGGAUUGAACCUUUUUUAUGGGAUGAGACAGGCUGGUUUGAGACCAGAUCAGUAUACCUUUGCAUCAGUGUUCAGAGCCUGUGCAACUUUGGCAGCUUUAGAACCUGGUAAGCUAGCCCAUGGUGUAAUGAUUAAGUGUCAAAUUAAGGACAACGUUGUAGUCAACAGUGCCCUAAUAGACAUGUAUUUUAAAUGCAGUUGUAUUUGUGAUGGGCGGCAGCUGUUUGAUAAAUGUUUGAGUAGAAAUACUAUUACUUGGACUACUCUAAUAUCUGGAUAUGGUCAGCAUGGAAGAGUUGUGGAGGUUUUAGAAUCAUUUCAUAGAAUGAUAGCUGAAGCUUUUAGACCAAAUUAUGUUACUUUUCUUGCAGUUUUGGUUGCUUGUAGCCAUGGGGGUUUGGUUGAUGAAGGGCAUAAAUAUUUUCAAUCGAUGAUAAGAGAGUAUGAAAUUAUGCCACAAGGAAAACAUUAUGCAGCAAUGGUUGACCUUUUGGGGCGUGCUGGGAUGUUAAAAGAGGCAUAUGAAUUUAUUCUGAAGUCACCUUAUGAAGAGCACUCAGUGGUAUGGGGGGCCUUGCUUGGGGCUUGUUUGUGGGAUGAUGUUGAGGAGGUUAGGGCUACAUUGAGGGAAUCGGGGAUGACAAAGGAAAAUGUGGCAAUAAUUAAAUCAAGCAAGGAUACUAGAUAUGGAUUAGAUUCAAUUGUUACACAUGAUGGUGAGAAAUUACCAUGUUGGGCACUGACAAACUUAUCAUCAUUCAAGCAGAAGUUUGGAGUUCAUGCAUAUGAGCAGCUUGACGUGAUUGGUAUUGAUGAAGCUCAGUUCUUUGAAGAUCUUUAUGACUUCUGCCGUGAAGCUGCUGAUCAUGAUGGAAAAACAGUAAUAGUUGCAGGACUAGAUGGUAACUAUUUGAGAAGGAGCUUUGGUUCUGUCCUUGAUAUAAUUCCCCUUGCUGAUUCUGUAACCAAGUUAACUGCUCGAUGUGAAAUUUGUGGGAAGCGUGCAUUCUUUACCCUGAGGAAGACACAGGAGACGCAGGUUGAGUUGAUUGGUGGAGUUGAUGUCUACAUGCCAGUUUGUCGGCAGCAUUAUGUUAGUGGACAGGUAGCCAUGGAAGCAGCAAGACUUUUCCUGGAAUCGCAGAAGGUUGAAUGUGGCUCUCAUACAUAAAUAGGUUCAUGUUUCUUGGCAGCUGCAUUGUUAGUUUUCUGCCACUUGUAAACAGCUUCGUGUUUAAUCAUGGCUGCCCUAUCUAUAUAUAUUAUAAAGAACUAUAAAGUGAGUAAGAUCUUUUUUCAAUUAUGCAUGUAAAUAUAAUUUUAUUCUAAAUCAAA